UUUUCAUACUCGCCAAACUAUGGUUUGUAUAGCCGAACUCGAUGAAUAUUUUUUCUAAACGUUAAUAGCUCUGGGUUGGUAAUUUAUUUGUGAGCAUUUUCGUAUAUCGGAGUGUGAAUUUAAAUGUAACUGGACUGAUUCAGCUACGAUUUUGUGAAAAAAAAACAUCGAAAAAAAACUCAAAAUGUUUUGAUGAAAAUCCAAAAAUUUGCCAGAGGCUUCAGAAAUUAUGUAUGUAGCGAGCUAUACUAAAAACCAUCGUGAAGCUCUCUCUUUGGCGAACAUUUUUCGUAUAAAACAAAUUUCACGUUGAAUAACUAUAAAAUUCGUUUCCUACAGUGUUCGAGAAAAAUGAAAAUCUCAUACAGUGCUACGUUGGAAUGGGAUUUCUGCAGUGGCGUGUCUACAUUACUAGAUCUUACCAUACGUUCGAUUAUUCAAAAGUCAUGGCGUGAUGCGAUCGUUCAAAGACGUCAAUGUGCAAAAUUGGAUAAGAAUUUCAAUGGGAUGUAUGCAGAGAUCACAAUUGAUUCAAAGUUUCGAAACGUAAUGAUAUCUUGGAAAAAAAAUGAGAUCGAUGUGCAGUUCAUCGUGAUCUCCACAACCUCAACUUCCUCAACAUCUUUAAAUGAGAAAAUCCAAAUGAAAAUGGAGCAGUACGCCAGUAAACUUAACGUAGAAUUUCGCAUCUGGAAAAAUCAUUGUCGACACGUAUCCGAACAUGCCAGUUACGUCUUUAAGGAACGGUACGAUGUUGACAUUUUGUUCGGAAUUCUAGAGCAAGUGGGAUCAAGCAGGUGUUUUUAUUUCGGACCCCCUGCUGAUCAUUGUUCAUCAGUUUAUUUGUUACCUGCCGAACCCAUUAUUUAGUCACGUAUUGAUCUUAUCAGGGUCAUAAAAUAACCCUUAUUUCACUCCAUUGUUCUCCCGAUCUUUCCAACACCUGCAGGUUAAGGGAUUUACGACAUUUACUACCUGCUUGGUUAAGGGGUUGGUAGAGGGAGAAGCAGGUGGGAUUUUCCCCCUCUACAAACGUCGUUAACCUCCUAAAUCAAUUUCGAAUUUGGGUUCAGUGCGAUUAGAACUUUCAUUGGGGUAACAUCUCAAUUAACUAUUUUCUUCUCGCACAUUUGGGCAUUCAGCAUUUAUUGCUAUACAUAUUCAAUAUAUUUAAUCAACUAUCUAUUGUUUAUAAUUAUUGCUAUUAAUUAUAGCGAUUAAUUUAUUUCAUGGUCCUAUUCGAGCCGGAUAUACUGGCACAACGCAAGUAUUAAAUAAAAUUAAUUCAUACUUGCAUAGGUUAUUAAUUUGGAUAAAUUGGUCACACUGCAAAGGUGUUAGGUGUUUGAAAGUUUAGCAGAGGGCGUUCCUGUUCUCAUCAAACUUAUUUUGCACACAGGUUGUGCACUUAUCAGUCUAUUUACGUUUGUAGUGUGAUUAACUUGUGAAAUAUAGUCCUUUAAUAAAAGUUUAAUUAAUUAUGGAUAGCGAUUUAAAUAGUGGUGAUUUAAAUAAAGCAAGUUUGGAUGAAGAUGAUUUGUUGAAAUCUCCUCGUGAUGAAGUGACAUCUCCUUCCUUCCAAUCACCAAGGGAUCAAUCGCCGAAUAAAGUGCAUUCAAAGGUCCGAUCUCCGAGUGAUAUUACUGAAGAAAGUGUUCACUCAAUUCCUUUGGACAAGGUAUCGAAAAAGAUAGCAAGAUGCCUAAGUGAGUUAGAUUAUUUAUAUGAGGAUUUAUUAUCAGAGGGCGAGGUAGCGGACACCUUUGAUGUUAAUGAGGCCGAAGCUGUUAUAAAAGCACAGUUGGAAUCAAUCAAGGCCAUCAAGGUUAAAUAUACUCACGUACAUCAGAAGCUACGCUCGUACCUAGAUCCUGAUAACACCACAGCUUUAGAUGAAGCUAAUGAUAAUCGUUUAGUUUUUCUAUCCUCGUAUCGGAAAUUCCAGUUUCGUUUAUUGAGGUUACUCAAGCCUGAAGGAAGUUCAAACCGGUCAGAUGUGGAAAAAUCCAAUUCAGGCUCUAGUUAUUUGCAUCUUAAAUUCCCUAAAUUUGACUUGAAUAAUUUUGAUGGAACUGCUGAUGAGUGGUUAGAUUGGUCUCGGAUGUACCUGUCAACAGUGCAUAAUAAAAACGAUAUUUCUACACUGGACAAGCACAGGCUUCUACGUUCAAAGCUUACUGGCGAGGCGCAAAUACUCGUAAAGGCAUUUCCCAUUGAUGAAGGUUCAUAUAAAGAAGUUUGGGACCUCUUAAAUAUUACGUACGGAGAGCCAGUGAAGAGUAUCACUAAAUAUUUAAAGGCGCUUGAUAAUGUGAAGCCAGUUUCCGAGGACGAUCCUACUGGCUCAUUAAGAAGCCUAAUAACGAACUUCCGCGCUAACCAUACAGCCAUUGACCUCACGUUGAAGGAGCAUCCUGAAAUUGAUGGAUUAUCGCUCAUAUUCUCCUACUUGUUCCUUAAAAAAGCUGAUCAGGACACCAAAGUGGACUGGCAACGUGAGGUGGCUCGGAAAAAGGAGUAUGCUUCCUUUAAUGCUUUUUUGGACUACAUGAACGAGCGUUGCGGUGCGUUGGAGAGGGGAGCCGAUGAACAGGUACCUACAAAGGGAACCAAAAGAGGCCACCAACCACACCCUUCUGGUGUUAAAAAAUCACUUGUAGUUCCGGAGAAAAAAGCGAAAAUGAAUCGAAAAUGUGGCUUUUGUUCCGAGGAGCAUGAAAAUCAUACAUGCAAAACCUUCCUAGAUAUGAACGCGGAAGAUCGGCUGCAGUUAGUCAAGAAGAAGGUGCUUUGUUUCCGUUGUUUGCGUCCAUUUCAAAAGGGACACAACAAGAAAUGCAAAUUUUACUGCAAAACCUGCAAGAAAGGGCAUAACCCAUUAUUACACAACUCGUUUGUUAAAAAAGAUGACGAUUCUACGAAUCAAGGUUGAAAGAUCGAGCUGAUAAUGGUAUCGGAGAUGCGGACGUUGGUGAAAAUAUUUCUGUGGAUGCGGUUAAUGUACAGAUAAACGUUACGGAGCAGUCUAGUCCAAGUGUGAUUGAUUUUGUUAAAGAUACAAAUAUUACUUUUUCCUCUGUUGAUAAUAAUAAAUAUUCUUACACGUUA